CUCUCAAGGAGCUCGGCGGCCUCUCCUGAUCUCUCCAGAUUCUUCUCCUCUCCACUCGUCUGUCAUAUUCAUCCUCAUUCCAGCCCUCAUUCAACCAGCCACUGUCCGGCGGGACCUGCAGCUGUUCGAGCUCGCUUGCUCUGUUUUUUUCCGGUGCUGUCGGUGUGACAGAUACUUUUUUGCAUACAUGGUUCUCCGAUAAUUGUUUGCUGCAUCGAUAUCCCUUGCUGCAAUAUUGCUUUCCUGAAUCGCUCACCGGCGGUACAACAUCUCAAACACCACUCCCCCCCAGGUUGACUCGCACUGCCUUGUGACCCACCACAAUAUCACUAUCAAGCAUAUCAUCCUUGGACACUUGCAGUCACGGCCAUGGCUGAUAGAGGCCGUGGAAGAGGACGAGGACGCGGUGAUAGGGCUCCCCGUGGUGGUGGCCCCAGCCGAGGCGGUGUCUUCCCGCCUGAUCGCGGAGGAGGCGACCGUGGUGGCUAUCGUGGAGGUGGCGGCCGCGGCGGAAAGGAACCCCCCAGGGUUUACACUCCGCGCAGCGGAGUCCCGGUGCCUAAUCCCCAAGUCCAGGACGUCGAAGAUGCUCGCCAAAAGGCCCGCAGCGCCCCGCAACAUGCAAUAAGUUCGCUAAGCCUCGCCGGCUCCAGCGUAAUGCCAGCGCAACCUGGUUAUAGCACCGCCGGCCAACCCAUCACCAUCUUCGCCAACUAUGUCCCAAUAAUGCCCCCAUCCAACCUCACACUAUACUCAUACAACGUCUCCAAGGUCAAGCCUAAUAUAGUUGGCAAGAAGCGCAUGCAAACCAUCCGCCUUUUGGUCAACAAGUCACCAAAGCUACAGAUAUACCAAGGAGACAUGGUCACCAACUUCAAGUCCACCAUCAUCUCCUAGAAGAAGCUGGACCUCAAAAUAACCGGUAUAAAAGAAAUCAAAAUCACGUACAAGGCUAAAGGAGAGGAUGAUGCCAAGGACCAUACCAUCACCUAUACCAUCUCGGUCAAGCAUACAAAGACCAUAACUAUUGGAGAUCUCGUAUCCUACCUUACCUCAACCAACCCGGCUAUCCAGUACAACAGCAAGUUGGAGAUCAUUCAGGCUCUAAACAUUUUCCUAAAAUACUAUGCAAAGUCGAACAAUAAUUUGGCUACUAUUGGGUCAAGCAAGACAUUCUCAACAAGCGGUAGUACCAACAGGGCCGACCUUAGCCAAGGCCUUACUACUUUUCGUGGCUUCUUUACAAAUAUCCACGCCGC